AUGGUCACCAUUGACAGCCAUGUCGUCGUGAAAUACCAAAACGAGCCAUUCGUCGCCAUUCCCCAGUACUUGAUUGUCGAAAGCUCCAGUGGCCAAAAGUUUCUGCAGAUGCGAGCCUCCAGUUUGCCCAUCGUGCAGCUGCUCACAGGGGCCAAAAAUCCCAGCAGAGCCAGCUUGACCUUCUACGAGCCCUUCAAGAAGUUGCACGAAAGUCGCAACAAGGCCAUGGAUCGCUAUGCCAACGGCGACGAGGACCAGGGCGACGAGGCCAACCAACUCUUCGAAGACCAGGAUGGGGAAGCCCAGAGGCAGCCCAGGCGUCACAAGAUCCAAAACCUCCCAGAAACUAUCAACAUCCACGUGGGGAACGCCAUUAUUCCAUGCCUGCUCCCGGAAGAUCGCCGCCGGCCCAAGGCUGCAGACCUGGCAGUGCCACUGGAGAGCAACACCAUCGGUGCCAUCAUCGACCACGUUCGUGCCAAAGUUGAAGAAUUGGAGGCCCACAUGCAGCAGCCCAAGAAGAAGAUGUCAAGUUUCUAUACCAUGAGUUUGGGCCCAGACUGCCCAGUUUUGCUUUUGCCACUUUUGGCCAGCUCCAAGCUUCUUGCCAUGGCUGGUGUGCCAGAGAAGGUGGUCCAAGAAGUGGAAGCCAUGAUGUCCUCGACUGCUCCAGUGAAUACGAAAGUGGACCAGAUCGUCCAACUUCUAAGGACACAUGGCCUUGCCCACGACCAAGUUCUGACUCCAAGUCAGAUCUUGGUACACCCAGAAAACCGAGGCAAGUCCAUGGUGUCCUACUACGACGUCUGGUCCAAGGGCAGCCAGAUGACCAGUGUCGGCUUCCAGCCCAAGCUGCUCGACGGCCAGACCAUCUGCACCCAAAUGGCCACUGCCGAGACCAAGAGACUUGCCCAAGUGCAAGCCAACCGCCAGCUGGUCUCUGAGGCCAAGGGCCAUCUGGCACCAGUGAGUGGCCAGGAAGGCUUCCUCUCCCUUGCAGGGAGCCACAGCGUUGCCUUUCUCCGAUGCCUCCAGGCGGGCAUCCAAGGACCAGAGGGCUAUCACGUCGCCGUUGCGAAGUCGGACCCAGCAUGGCGAGCGAUCGAGCAAGGAUGGUGCUGGAUCGUGCUGGCAGCAUCCAUUGAAGAAGCCAUGCCACAACUUCCCAACUUUAUUCAGCAUGCUGCCAACUCGUCCAACUCAAUAUCCAAAGCCAUCAACGAGUUGGAGGUUGCCCUCCAUGUGGCCACUGCAUUUGAGAAGGGCUUGAGCCUUCCAGAUGCCAUCCAGCAGGCCAGCCAAGGCGACGUGAGAUGCCGUGCCAGUGUCCCCGCCAUCGCCAAAUUCGUCCAGAACUUCGGCGGCGGCAGCCAGGGGUUUCCACUCCUCCAUUUCCUUGCCAAUUUUGGGAAGCAGUUUAAUGCCACACUUCUGGUGGGAACCGAGCUGAUGUCCACCCUGGUGUCGCUAGAUUUCAAGCAAGCGACGUGCAUCUUUCCCAUGCUUCGUGUGGCGGCAUGGGCUACCAUGUUGACCAGCCCAAAAUCCCAAGACGGGUUCAGCCGCAUCCUAUCCACCAACGAUCUCCAAAAACUGAAGGCACCAGGCAUGCUCGACCAAGUUACCCAAGCCGAAAACAUGCUCCAAGAGGCUUGGAAGGUCCAACAGGAUCUUCUUGUGGAGCAGACCCACCAUGCGUCCCACUUAACCAAAUGCUUUGGUCGAUUUGCAGUCAGAGUUUGUUUGUUCCUCACGAACAAACAAAGGGCAGGCCGGGAAACCAAGCACUGGCAAUCUCUCCAAGCCAUCUUGACUGCCUACACCAAGGAGAUCCAAGACAGCUCGGCUGGCGAUGCCAUUGCGGACCACAGCAUGACUCCAAACAUGCAGGUGACUGAUGUCUUGGCAGCCAGCAACAAAACCAUUGCCAUGCUCCAAAACAACCACAUGGAACUGGGCAAGUUGUACACCACCAAGGACCACGGUGCCAAGGUGUUCAAGCUGACGGAUGUCACGGACGACCAUGCCACCAUGACUCACAAGCCACUCUUCCAAGAUGAGGAAGAAGUCCAUGUGCCAUUGCAGAAGCUGCCAAUGUGGAAGGCCACCAAGGCCAUGAUGCCGAUGUUGUGCCCCCAGGAUCUUGCCAGGGAAGGAAUGACGGCGAAGCUUCUGUUGGAGGAGCGGGCCAGGUCGGAGGUCCAGCUGGCUCUCCACAGAGCGGCGGAAAAGCACCAUGUGGAUGCCCAGACCAUCGCUUUCGGCCAGAACCCGCAGGGGUUGUUUGCCAUCAAGACAAUUCGCAAAACCAUUCGUUUGGUUCCACUGGGCACGGUGAACAAAGCCAAGUCGACCGCCAAGGAAACGAAGCUCCUCAUCCAGCACGGCGGCCACAGCUGGACCAUUGGGCCGUUCCGCCAGAAUGCGCAGUUCGAAGCAGACAGUGCGUUUUGCUUGAUUCCAUAUUUCUGGUGCAAGCCCACGAGCGAAACCUCCGAGGUCACCAUGGUUCACUCCACGGUCGUCGAGUCUGGGAUUACCAUCCCAUGCUUGGAGAAUCCUGCUCCGCUGGAACAGCACCAGCCGCUUUUGUUCCUGGCGGCCCAUGCCGAAGCUUCCGAAGCAGACCACGGCGAGCCAGAGCCAUCAGAGGCCGAGCCUAAAGCCAAAGCCAAGGCCAAGGCCAAGGCCAAAGAGCAGUCUGAGCCUCCUUCCAAGAGGGCCAAGAAGUGA